GCUGGGGUUCCCUUACAUUUGCUCCCAGUGAGAGGAGAAGAGACAGAAGGCAGAGAAGGAAUCUGUCUAUCCAUUCAAUCCUAAACCACACAGAUCAGACAGAUAAAUAAGGUGAUAGACACAUCUGCAGAGAAACAAGUGGAAACAGUUAUAAUGUUUGGUUACGGCUGUAAUAAUUUUACCUGGAAUGGAACUCUAAGGGAGCUGGGGAGCAGCUACCCAGCCUUUUGCACAGAGCAAAGGCGACUAAGAAUGACAGCCACCCCGAGCUCCUCCAGCGGCUUAGAGGUCCUCCUUACCGCUUUGCAGAAUGAAGGGGAUGUGGAGAGCACCUUAAAUAUCCUCAAUGUCCUGGAUGAACUUCUGUCAGCAGGUACAGAUCGUCGUAUCCACCAUAUGAUCAGUAAAGGUGGCAGCGAGGCCUUGCUGACUGCACUGGUCAACGCUGGCCGCAGUUUUUGUCCCAAUUACACUAUCCUGCUGCCACUGCUGCACCUGCUGGCUAAGGUUGGACACAGAGACCGUCGUAUUGGUAUGAAGGCAGAAGAGGCUGGAGCUGUGCUGCUCAUUCUGAAUCUUCUCAAACACAAUGUCAAAUAUCCCAAGAGGGCUGCAGCCUGCCUCUGGGUCAUCCAAGUCUUCGCUUCAUCAGUUUCCACAGCAAACCUAAUAGGAGAAAACCAUGGACUGGAUGUCAUCUUCCAUCUCAUCCCUCAGUAUGCCACAAAACAUCUACACACCAUCAAGGCAGCCAUUAAUGCCUUUGGGGCUCUGCUAUGCACAAAAGCUAACGUUUACUCAGUGGUAUCUAAGGGUUACAUCUCAGGCCUCUUGCGGCUUUAUGAGGACUGGCACAUCAAGGAUACCCAACAUAAUGCCAUAGCAAUCCGCCACUCGUUGCUGUGCUGCCUCCAUAAGGUCACCCACUGUACUGCAGGCAGAAAGGCUUUGAUAUCGCAGGGAGGCAUCAGCCUUCUGUAUCAGACUACACAGAUAUGUUUGUUGAGUAAAGGUCUGGUGUCUCUGGUGGAGGCCUCUGUGCAGCUGAUGAGAAAGUGUCUUCCCAAAACUCCUCUACCACUGACAUCAGAUCAGUCUGUUUACAGUUUCCCCCUACCUGGGAUGUCCCAUGAUGUCUGUUAUGCAAAUGUAGCGCCAGAUGAGAACAGUGAUGAGAGUGAUGAUGAAGAAGCUGAAGAGAAUGAAGAGGCAGAGAGCAGAGACUAUGAUGAUGACCUAGAGACUGACCUGAACAAACUUCGUCUUCGUCCGGACCCAGACAGACCUAGAGAGCUGCUACUACAGUACAGUCGCCUCUGUCCUGAACUCUACCAUGACUUCGAGGAACUGGAUCUCAUUUCAGAGCCAGAGAGAGUUCAUCAUCAUCAUCAGAUGAGGAAGAUAUGCUACUCAACAGUUUUGCUCCUCGCUACUCCAGGAGGGACAGAAGGAGUAAAGAAUCAUCCACCCCCUCUUCAGAAUCUCGCCUUAGAGAAAGAAACAUCCACAGAGAGACACACACCAAGUCAGAGCCAAAUUAAAUUUAAUGCCCAGUUAAAGGCAUAUGAUUUCCACAGCCACAGCAGCAUCCUCAGCACCAGCUCCAACUCUCAGCCUAUGGUUAGAGAGGCAAGGGGACACCCCCCCUCAGGUCUGAGAGGGGAUGAGGAGGUUAAUGAGGAAGAGGAAGAAUCCCACCAUCAUACCAUGAUAGACAGGUUAUUGGAGAAACAUGGAGCCUGUAUACCCCACCACGAUCCCAAACUGUACCACUCUGCAGCUGCCAAAACCAAGUCUAUCCCAGGGUUCAGCAUCCUGGCUUUCCCUGAUUUCUGGGGUCACCUCCCUCCACCAGGACAUGAGCCCAUGGUCGCUCGCAAACCCAACAUACAGAGGCAGAAAGUGUUUGAAGAUGUCCAACGUUUCUUGAAUACUGAUGACAUCAUCAACCAGGUAGUCUUUGACCUGGAAGACAGCAGUCUUCAGUGUCCAUCUGAUUCCUUGAGGUUUUUCUCCAGCUUUGAAUGUGGAAACCUGAGGAAGGCUGUUCAGAUCCGCAGAUAUGAAUAUGACCUCAUAUUGAAUGCAGAUGCUAACUCUUCCCUGCACACCCAGUGGUUUUACUUUGAAGUCAGUAACAUGGUGGCAGACACCCCCUAUCGUUUCAAUGUCAUCAACUGUGAGAAGAGAAACAGCCAGUUCAACUAUGGAAUGCAGCCGGUGCUGUAUUCAGUAAGGGAAGCUCUGGAAGGUAGACCACACUGGGUCAGGACCGGAACUGAAAUUUGUUAUUUCAGAAACCACUUUUGUCCAACUCAAGGCAGGAGAACAACCUUUUAUACUCUGACUUUUACCAUCACCUUCAAACACAAUGAGGACGUCUGUUACCUGGCCUACCAUUAUCCCUACACAUACUCUGCUCUUAAGGCUCAUCUGAAGAUGCUACAGCAAUCAGUGGAUCCUGCCAAGUUGUUUUUCCGGCAGCAGAUUCUUUGUGGCAGUCUGGCUGGAAACCCAUGUCUAGUGGUUACCAUCACAGCCUGUCCUGCCAGCAGGGCCUGGAAAGACAUGCAGCAGCUACGUAAUCGUCCGUGCAUUGUGCUGACAGGCCGUGUUCAUCCCAGUGAGUCCAAUGCCAGCUGGGUAAUGAAGGGCACCCUGGAGUUUCUGUGCAGCAGUGACCUGGUGGCCCAGAGUCUGAGGGAAGCUUUUGUCUUCAAGAUCAUCCCCAUGCUCAACCCAGACGGAGUCAUCAAUGGCACGACUCGCUGCGAUCUGAACAGUGAGGAUCUGAAUCGCCAGUGGUGUAAACCAGACCCCGCCCUUAGUCCAACCAUCUACCACACCAAGGGCUUCCUCUACUACCUCAACAGUAUAGGACGAACUCCGCUGGUUUUCUGUGACUACCACGGCCACUCUAGAAAGAAGAAUGUGUUCCUUUAUGGCUGCAGUGUGAAGGAGACUCUCUGGCAGUCUGGCUCUGCUGUUGACACUGUAGGAUUGAAAGAAGAUCCUGGAUAUAGGACCAUUCCAAAGACCCUGGAUCGUAUCGCACCAGCCUUUUCUUUCAACAGCUGCAACUAUUUGGUAGAGAAGUCUCGCUCCGCUACAGCCAGGGUGGUUGUCUGGAGGGAAAUGGGUGUGCUGAGAAGUUACACCAUGGAGAGCACUUAUAAUGGUUGUGACCAGGGAAUAUACAAGGGCCUGCAGAUGGGAACCAGGGAGCUGCAAGAGAUGGGGAUGAAGUUCUGCCACAGUCUGCUGUCUCUAACCAAAGACAUGAAGGCUCUCUAUAGCAGGAGACUCAUCAACCACAUUGACCUGGAUCAUAACAUCCUGGACCACAAGUCUCACAACUGCUUUGAAGAUGAUGAGCCUCCAUGUGUCGAGGAGAUUGAGUAUUCCACCGACUGUCCUGCACUUAAUGGAACUGAUCUGGAUUCAGAUGUCAAUAGCAACAUGGCCAGUGAUGAUGAAGAAGAGGAUGACGAUGACGAAGAGCACAGAGGAGGCAGCAUCAGCCAAUCACAGCAGUCAAGCAUGAAGAGCUGCUUAUUCCCUCACCUGAUCAGACAGGCAUCCAUUGAGGCACUCUGUGAAAAAAGAAACACGUGCAAUGGUGUAAGCAUCACCAAUGGACAAAUCAAAAGUUAAAGGAAUAUUUAUACAUUACAGAUUUUGAUUUGAUAUCAGUGAAAGAGAUGAGACCCUCAGCUUUUCUCUAAAAGGUCUUCUAAACAUUGUAAGCUUUUUGCCAUGAAACAUAGCAGCCCUGCUUUAUCUGAAGGAUUUCAAGUGCAAUAAUUACUCUCCAAGUUCAGUGGACAAUCUUGCUUUACAAUUUAAAGAGAAAUUAAUUAUUUACAGCACAAUACAGGAAGAGGAAAGUAAUUUUCAAACAAAAGCAGAUAAACAAAAGCAUGAAACUUUGUAGAGAGUUAAAGACCAAUGAGAAAAUUCACCACAGAUGUUGCUGAGAUGUAUGAAUAAAAACAAUUAUAAUUACAAUUAAUCAAUCAGUAGAUUGUUCAAGUUUAAGGCCCAGUCAGUGGAAGUGGCUCUUGUGUGUGAAAUCCUUCUGUUCAGAGAUGGUCUGCAGUGUUGGAUGUGAUUACACCUGAGCUAGUUCCAUCUCCUGAUGAAGAGUGACCUGAGGUUAAAUGUUUAAAAAACUAACAAAAAUAAAUAAGUGAACCUAGAGUUAAGAUUACACAUUUAUCUCAAGUCAAAAAAUAAACUUUCUCUUUCAUAGGAAGAGUAGUUUUGGAGAGCAACAUAUUUCAAGUCACUUGUUUGGUGAUUCAACAGUAUGACAGACUGUAACUUCCAUCACACAAGUCCCAAAGUCUAUAAUGUGGAUGGCUUUUUAUAGACAAACACUGUACAUCACAAAUCUCUUACAGAAAGUUUCAGUCAGACCUGAGCUCACAGGGAGUGUGUAACUUAUCAUCCCUUUAUUUAUCUAUUUAUUUUUUUAUAAAGUUUCAAAAAGUGAAGGGUAGAAAGCAGCUUCUGAAUGAUUGUUAGCAACUACUGCACUAUUUUAUGGGUGGUAAGGAUAGUCUUAAUAGUGUGGAUUAGUGUGCAAUCAACAGUCAUGAAUAGCAUGAACUGUUCUUGUAAGCAACAUACAUAGUACAUGCUGCAUGGUACAUGUUUCUGCCUGGCAGAUGAAACUUUUCUCAUCUUUCAAAACAAAUUUGUCUGUUUUGUUUUUGUCAACGAAAUUAAUUGAAUUCUGAUGUCUUGUUUAUUUCUGUCUGUAUGCACACAGUAUGGAUUAUUUAAUCUUACAGGACAUUUAUACAAGCAUAGUGUGGUACUGUUGACCACAAUUGUUUUCUAACUUUGUUAGAAAAAGUGUUAUAGUUGCCUAGAUUAAACCAGACUAAGCCAAAGAGAAAGGAAAUUCCCCUACUCUACCAUUUAGGAAUAAAGACUUGAGUGAAGAGUUCCAUCAAGGCACAAGGCAGAGUAUGACUUUAUCACCAUGAUCCACACCCACUGGUUGUGAUCCUCUAUACACCAGUUUCACAUACACAUUAAUAUUCCCUCCAUAGCCAAGUGUUCUCUUAUGAGUUCGCACAUAGAAAGUCAAUAUGUCCUUGAAAUAACUUAGGUAGGGGUGUAAAAUUAAAUUGUAUCUGGCCAUCAUUCAAUACAAGGCUCUCAAUUCAACAGUGAACUGAAAAAUUCAUUAGGUGUCCUGUUUCAACAGUGCAGUCCUGACCUCUUUUGUUGUUAUCACCACACACAAGAUGAAGUGGUGGGUCCUAAGGAUGAUGAUGUUGGUUAGUCAGUGUGUAUCUGUUGUUGCCUUCAGAUUUGUUGCAGAUAUUCGUGAUAUUCAGA